AUGUCUGACAAGGAAAAAGAUGUCAUGUUGGCACAAAUAGAGACUAUAUUUGAGUUCAAUCCUCCUAUGAAUGACACUACAAGACAAAUGUUAAAAUUUAAGAUGAAUAUUAAGUGGAAACAAUGGAAGUGUGAUUUAAAAUCAAUGGCAUUUGACCCAAGUAAGAUGGAAGAAGAAGUUCCAUCCAUUGUACCAAAUUGUCGAGUUGACCCCGAUCAAUAUCGCGAAUUGGUUCAUCAUUGGUUUUCUGACAAAGCACAAAAAGUAAGUAAAAUUAAUAGUCAGAAUCGUGCUAAAUAUGAAGAUAUUCAUUGUAUGGAAAAAAAAGAGGCUAAAGGAGUGUCGCCCACACGCAAAGAGAUUUACAUUGAUACUCAUACUCGUAAAGAUGGUUCUGUUGUUAAUGAAAAGGCUGCAAGAUUUAUUGCUACAGAUGCUUCUAGUGCCUCAACCCAGACAAAUUCUAAAAGUCCAUGCCCGGAUGAAGAUGGAAGAGAGGAAGAUUAG